AAGUACUUCCGGAGCUGCCGGGACGACUCUUUUGGAGGAAGCAGCACGGGCUUGACCGGCGUCGGCCCGCCGCCUCUACCGCCGCUUCUCCCCAAUCCGGUCCCUCUGGCCCGGCCUGACCCGGUCUGGCUUGUCCGGGCUCAGCGGCCGCGAGGCCGCAGCUCCCGAUGGAAAUCAUAUUACGUAGAAUACUUGGGUGACAUCUGCCUGAGAGAUCGCCAAGAAUUACAGAAGACAAAAAUACUAAUGCAUUUGAGAAAUCGGUAGUUUUGGGGGGAGGGGGAAAAAGCAACUGCUUUCCUGAUCUGCAACUUGGCUGGAUGCUAAGAUGUCAGUGGACAUGAAUAGCCAGGGGUCUGACAGCAAUGAAGAGGACUAUGACCCAAAUUGUGAGGAAGAGGAAGAAGAAGAGGAUGAAGACCCUGGGGACAUAGAGGACUAUUACGUGGGAGUAGCCAGCGAUGUGGAGCAGCAGGGGGCUGAUGCCUUUGAUCCCGAGGAGUACCAGUUCACUUGCUUGACCUACAAGGAAUCUGAGGGUGCCCUCAAUGAGCACAUGACCAGCUUAGCUUCUGUCCUAAAGGUGAGCAGUGUUGUAAACUCCAGUGUAAUCCCCCUCCAGUUAAAUCUAAGGAUGAGCUGUUGUUAAUUAAUGUCUCCUCCAGACUAAUUGAAUGGCCUUGUAGCUUGAAACCAAAUGUAUGUCAACAUCAUUUGGACAUUUUGUUACAUUUGCUUUGUUUUCUAAUAUAUGCAUAUCUAAGGUCCUCAGAUUCCCAAAUUAGUAAGAAUUAGAAAGGAGGGGUGGGACAGAUUCAAGAAAGAUGUACCAUACCAGAAAUGUGUAGUAGCAGAAUUGCACAACUUUGCACUUGUUUCAGGAAGUGAGUUUUCAAGAAUUUUAUGAGGUUGAUACAAUAAGCAUCAGAAUCACCAUCUUCUGUAUGACUGAGUGACUGAUAAAUGUCUGGAGAGUAUCCAGAUCCCUCUGGUUUGCCCUGAAUAAUCAUUGCCUUUGGGCUAAUGAGCUCAUUUGUUUCAUGUACUGAUUUUAAUAUUUUUUUCUUAUAGCUUGUAUUUCAUUGAUAUAGGGGGUGUUAGUAUGGGAAUUAUAAAGAAUGAACAAAGUUGAUUAUUCCAGCAAGCAUUUUAUUUUUUAACACGUAAGCUAAAACAUACCUUUGGAUGUCUUGCACCUUAGGCCAGUUAUUAUCCUCAUUAUUUAUAUUUUUUAUGAUCAUUUUGACAGUUUCCCAGCAAGCAUGUUUCCUUCUCUAACACUGGCCAUUAUGGGAAAUUGGAAAUAUUUCUCUUACUUUAGUGUUUUUGCUAAUCUUUUUUCAUGAAUUCUUAUAUGAAUUUUGUUUCUGAUUAAAUUUGGGGUCAGAAGGGCACCUUGGCAUGAUGUCAACCAAAUAAAUUUUAUUGGUACUUAAACAGAAGUAACUAAGGUGUGCCUUGUAUGAUUUCUAUAAAAUUUGCUUUAUCUACUAGUUUAGGGAUUUUUUUUCCCCCAGAUGGUUGGCAAAGGUUAAUAUCUUGGAUUUAGAUACUCAGGUCUUUAUUAGCAACUGGCUGGAAGCUGAAAGCUAAGGUUUUUUUUUUAUUUGUGAUUCAUUUCUAGAAGUGAUUGUAGACUUCUCUCUUGUGCUGAGCAGAAAACUCUGAAGAAUGGGGACCUAUGGAUCCUCUGGGUGUGGGAUUUCUGCACUAUGGCUAUAGCAAAGCUGCUGAACCCCUGCCUCCAGAGGGCAUUUCCCUGAUAGAAAACAAUAAUCGGGUUUUUCUUCCUCACCAUGCACACCUCUCUCUUGUUGAUCAAUAGUUUAUUUUGCUUUAGUCAUGCUGUCAGGUUAUAUACAAUGUUGGUAUUUAAAAUAAGAAAAGGAUAUGUUCAUAAUGUUAGGUUAGAAAAAAUAAUAUUAGGAAUUAUGUAGUGUGUGACUAUGCUCUGGACAGUGUCAGUUGACCAAGUUCACAAGGAUGUUCCUGUCUAUACACAGGAAUUCUCAGAUUGUCAAGCCCUCUGUAUUGGCUUUUUCUGCCUUGCUAGAGACAGCUGAGGGGCCCAAGCACCUGUCCCUCCCUCCCUCCUUCCCUCCCUUCCUUCCUUCCUUUUUUUUUUUUUUUUUUAAUUGUGGUAAAAUAUAUGUAACAUAAAAUUUACUGUUUUAUAUUCUUCCUUCUUAUACAUGGUCAGCCUCCUGGAAAGCUUUCCCUUCACCACCUCAUCUCUUACUGCCCUUAGGGGUCCUCAGAGUCUAGCUCGUGCUUUCUCUGAGUCAGUUUCCUUGAGAGCCCCUAGAGCACAGUGGCCAUGCCUGCCUUUGUGUCCAAACAAUACAGCUCGUUUAUUUUUUUAGAUUAUGUACUGCAGUCUUCUGACUGCUUUAUGUUUUACCUGUUCACACAUUUUGGCAUGAUCUCUCCAACUAGAUUGUCAGUUCUUGGAGAGCAGUAACUCUCUUGUACCUUAUCUCCUCCAUCAUUCUUGUCACACAGUUUCAUCUACAGUAGGUAUUGAAUAAUUGCUUGGAUACUUGUUGAUUUUGUUUAUUGUUGAUGAUAGUAGCAGCUGCUGCUAUUGGUGUGAGUUAGAUUUCCUAGUCCCUGAUAUAUUUUCUUUCCUAUUGGAAAUGAAGUGAAAGGGUAUUGAUCUGGCCUUUAAGACUGAGAAGA